GGGAGGGAGAUGUUUUGACAAUUAUCAUACCAAACAAAACGAAACAACCACUUUUACUUUCAUUCAAAAUUAUUCAACUCAUACAUUUUUAUUGCUUUUUUGUUAAUUAAAACAACAACAACCUUUUUCUUGAUUAUUAAUCAUAUUCUAGCUUUACUAGUCGCGUGUCGUUUAUUUACAAUCAAGUUGCCUCGGCCUUCGCGGGUUUCGCUCACAUCCACGACAGCUGAUUUCACCGUCAUCAUUGAUUUGUUUACCUUUUCCGUAUUUCAUCUCACGCCGAUUUGGUACAUUAAAUGCGUGUUGUUUUCCGUGUGUUCUUAACGUAAUUAUAGUCGGUGUUGCAAAAAUGUCUUCCAAAGAAGCUAAAGCGGCCAUCAAGGAAGCAAGGGAGGCAGUAAAGAACAAGAAAUUUUCCGAUGCAAUCAAACUGUGUAAUAGAGUGCUCAAAGAGCAGGAUGAUCAUUACAUGGCACUGGUACUGCUGGGUGCCUCCUAUCAGGAUAGUGACAAAAAAGAAGCGGUCAUUUACUUGAAACGAGCGCUAGCGUGUGCCACCGAUCCGACCGUAGCACUGCAAGGUUUGGCCGGUUGUGUCGAUGAUACCGAACUGCCAGAUGUGUGCGAGAAACUGCUUACUCUUUUGCCCGAAAAAUAUGCGGAACAGCAUGCAAAAAUUUACGGUGUAGCUGCACGGGGCACGCUCGAGAAGGCACUGCGUCUGCUAGAGAAGGAAGCGAUUGAUGUCAACGCAGAGGAAGCGAGAAAACGUUCCGCCUUCGAGUAUCUUGGCAAGGUGGUGGCGCAAUAUCCCGAUCUAGAGGAUACGGAAUCGAAUUUGGUCCGUACGGUACUUGAUCGGGAGAUUCAGAACGAUGAUGAUGUUUAUCAGCAUGAUAAAUUCAUACGAUAUCUGAAGCUACUUCAUCGCGAGAAACACUUCGAUCGGUUGGCAUCCGUAGCUGCGGCCAUGCACGAUCGCUUCCCAAACGACAUCUAUCCGCUCGAAUGGAUUUGCAAACUGUACAGCGAAGGAACCAUUCCGGUAGACAAAUUAACCACACUUCUUACCCACCAGCUGGUACAUUAUCUCGAUCGAGCGGUAACCGUUGGACCAAAGUCACCAUCAGCUCUACUGGCGAAGGGAAAAUUUCUAUUCGAUGCUGGCCAACUUAUCGAGGCCGAACAAAUACUAAAGCGAGCGAAUGAGGUACAACCAUUGUGGGGUACCUGUUUGGCACUGCUUGCCGAAAUUUACUUCCGCCAGAAGGCGUACGGUUUGGCGGAAAAUUUGUACCGCAACAUGAAGGUAUCGAACCGGAACUAUGCCAUCGCACUGAUGGAGGACGAAAGCGAAGAAAAAUUACGCGAAGCGAGCACAUGCUUUGCGGCACUGUACGAGAACGAUCGUUCGAUUGAAUUGUUAUUUCACUGGUCGAAGGCAAACCUGCUGCUAGGCGAUAUAGCCACCGCGAAUGAAAAGAUGAACGAGCUCGAACUUGCCGGGAUAGAACCCGAACGGUUGGAUUAUUUACGGGCAUUGCGCGAGAAGUUAGCGGGUAAUGUUGAAAGUGCAGUUGCAAUUCUUUCCCGCCAUGAGGCGGAUAGUGCCUGUUUGCUGGAACUUUCCAACCUGCUUGGCAGCAUGGAGGGCAAGCGAGAGGAAAGUUUUCUGGCAGCACUGAAAGCAACCAAACUCGAUCCGAACAAUGCCGCUUGCUUCUAUCGGCUCGGGAAACUGUACCAAGAGCAGGGCGAUUCGCUGCGCGCACGCAAAUGUUUGGAGAAAAGCAACCAUCUUAGCCCGGCAGCUCGUCAUGCGGUCAUUCUCCUAAGUGGGCUCUAUCGUAAGUUUGGCGAAUGGGACGCAAAUGCUGCAUUGCUGUCGAGCACGUUUUCGCUGUGUUCGGGAGCGGCCUGGGCUCAGCUACUGCUCGGACUGCACCAUCUCGGUCGCCAGGAGUACGACGAAGCUAUUGGAGCCUUCCGGACGGUACUGCGGUACGAGGUAGACAAUGCGACGGCCUGGGAAGGGUUGGCGGAUGCGUACCUUGGCCGUGGUUCGUACUCUUCCGCACUAAAACUAUUCCAGAAGAUAACGGAACGUAAUCCGGGCAAUCCGUACCCAUUGCUGCAGCUUGCCAAUAUUAAAAACACCGUAAAACUUCACAGUGAAGGAUUGGAACUGUUCCAGCAAUUGCUCGACCAGCAUGCGAACUAUUUUCCCGCGAUCAAGGGUAUUGCCGAUUCACACAUGGGUCUGUGCUUUUAUCGCUUGAGCCAACGGCUUCUCGGGCGAAGUCGAGAACAUGCCCAGCAGUGCGUAGACUACCUAACGCGAGCCAUUAAAAUGAAGCCACACUUCAUCUGUCUGUGGCACCAGCUGGCAAAGAUACUUGACACGGUGGCAUUGUUUCCUGCAAACCAUUCCCACGUGAAGAUUGAGGGCAGUUUGGCGGGAAAGGAGCAACGUGAGUAUAUGGUGCUCGAACGUAAUCAACUUUCGGAAUUGGCUGCUCGGUGUUAUGGUCGGAUAUUGAAAACCAAUCCCGAUAACAGCGUGUACUGGUACGAGCUAGCCGCAAAUCAUUAUCGUCGUGCGCUAGAAUUACCGUCGAUCGGGAAGGAAGAAAAUCCCACAGCUAAUGAAAGGGUAAAACUGCUCUGCCUGGGGCGUGAUAUGGCCAAACAGUCGAUAAAAUUAGAUCCGAACCGUUGGCAAAAUUGGAACCUGCUUGGAGUGAUUUGUGCCACGAAGGAGAUCAACAAUCUAGCACUAGCACAGCACUGCUUCGUGGAAGCGGUAACGGUCGAUCGGAAAACAGCUGCGGCUGCUUGGGGCAACCUUGGUGUGCUCUAUCUUUCGCACGGACCACUGGGACUUGCUAACAAAGCGUUUGGCCGGGCGCAACAGUGCGAUACAACGUUCAUGCAGGCGUGGAUCGGACAGGCCAUGAUUGCCGAGCGUGUGGGCCAGAUGGAUGAAGCGAUGGAUCUGUUCCGGCACUGCACCCAGCUUGGUUACCAUCGCGAAACAGCCCUCGGGUAUGCACACUGGGUGUGUUCUAUAGUGAACGAGGAUAGCUACUCGGAUAACGAGCGCUAUCGGUUCGCAAUUGAUGCGAUGGCCGCACUGCCCAUUGCACACGAUUCUAUCGUUUGGCACUGUGCGGAUUUAGCCGAACGUUCGUCUGCGGUCGCCCUAUGCUUUCUGGGCAAUCUGAGCAGUCGGCUCGGGCUGUGGCGUACCGCUUCGGAGGCUUAUCGCCGUGCAGCUGACGCGACCAAUAUUUCCACAGUAAAGGAUCACAUUUUGUGUGAUCUGGGCCAUUGUCUAAUGAAGCAGCAGCGCCACGAGGAGGCAGUUCAGUGCUUUGAGAGUCUGCGCGGAGAACCAUCCUACCGGGCAUCGAUCGGACGAGCACAGGCUUAUUUCCGUGCAGCACAAUACGAGCAGUCGUAUGCCGAGUAUGAUCAGUGUUUGAAACAUUUUGCCGAGACGAAUGAGGAGAAGGCGUACGUGUUGAUCGCCAUUUCCGCGAUGGUGUAUGCGUUCUGCGGAAUGGAUGAAGCCAAAACGCCCAUCUUUGAAUGCAUCGCACAACCACAGCCUCCGAUACAAGCACUGUUUUCCGCCUGCGCACUUGGUUUGCUACACAACGCCGAGAUGCUUACGGAACUCGCGAUCAAAGAUUUACAAAAAUACGAAGACGAUCCCGUGCAUGGUCACCACGUCGUGUACUUCGUCUCCGAAUAUUACUGGCAAACCAACCAAAAGCGAAAGUGCUAUACCUAUCUGCUUUCGCAAAUACAUCGCUAUCCGCAUCGACCGAAACUAUGGCAGCAGCUUGCAAUUUCGCUACUGAAGCGCUUCCGUACACCGGAGAACAAUCUGCGGUUGGCCUGUAGCGUGGCGCAAGGGGCAGUAACUUUGGAUUUAAGUGACCGGAAACAUAGGACACGCGCUGAAGACGCGAGCCGAUGGCUGGCUGUUGCGAGUGAAGCUAUUCGUCCGCUGGAUGCCCAACGUUGCCGCAUUUUGGCACAGAAAGCUCUUCAUGCGGAUCCAACCAGUCGUGAAGCAUGGGGUGCCUUUGUACGAAUGAGCGCUAAGUAAAGAUCUUG